AUGGGGAACUCGGACUUGAGGAGGGCGGCGGCGGCGAAGUCCAAGCGGAUGACGGUGCAGCAGCUAAUGGAGCAGCUGAACGAAGAGGAACGAGCGUGGGAGACCAGCGAGGUGUCCGCUUCCGAGGAAGCAGAGGCGGAGGCGCCUCAACUCCAACGACCGGCGACCGACGUGGCCUCCCCUUCCGCUUCGCGAAGGCGGGUGAUCGUGGUGGUGCACCGGCUCCCACUUCACGCGACUUCCGACCCCGACAUCCCUGGCCUGUGCAAAUUCGUACCGGAGGAGGACUGUCCCCUUCUCCACCUCGGAGAAGGCGUCCCCGCCGGCACCGAACUCGUCUUGGUCGGCACCCUCCCUGGCGCCGCCGACCUAUCUCAGGAGCUGCGCGACAGGCUCGCCCGGGGCCGCCACCUCCUCGGCUUCCUCAUCCUCCCCGUCUUCCUCCCGCCAAACACCGAUUCCAGGCUGUCCCGCCUCUGCAAGGUCUACCUCCACCAUGCCCUCCAUUCCGUGAUUCCCUACGGCGUGGGCGCCCCCAUCUACGACGAGUCCUCUUCUGCCGCCUGGGAUGAAGCCACUGCCAUCUUCGCCAACGCCGUCGAUGACGCCAUUCGCACCCACGACGACCUCGUAUGGUUGCACGACUACCAUCUCUUCCUCCUCCCCUCCCUCAUCCGCCACCGCCACCCCGGCAUCCGCCUCGGCUUCUCCCUGUAUGCCCCCUUCCCGUCCAGGGACGUCUUCCUCUCGCUCCCCCCCGCCACCCAGAUCCUCAACUCACUUCUCUGCUGCGACCUCCUCGGAUUCCAUGCUCUCGAUCACGCCCGCCACUUCCUCUCGUGCUGCCGCCGCGCCCUCGGCCUCCACCACCGCCCCCGCCGCUCUCCAUCCUCCCACGGCUUCCUCGGAGUCGACCACCUCGGGCGCACCAUCGGGAUCCACGUCCUAGCCCCCGGCAUCCACCUGCCUAGCACCGUCGCCCACGUUGCCGCCUUCUCCUCUCCCGAAGGCACUGACACGCUCGCCGAUCUCCGCCGCAAAUACCGCGACAUGACCGUCCUCCUCAGCAUCGACGAACCGGACGUCUUCAGGUCCAUCCACUUAAAGCUGCUUGCUUUUAAUAUGGUGCUCCGGAAGCUCCAGGGAACCCGCUUCCAGGGCCGCGUCGCCCUGAUCCAGAUGCUCAACUGCAGGGGGCGACCCUACGCGAGGGAAAACUCCGCCCUCCGCCAGAACCUCAAGGCUCACUGCGACACAAUCAACCGCGUUUUCGGUUCCGAACAUUUCAAGCCUGUCGAAGUGGUGGAGCAGGACGUUAUCAGACCAAGAGCGAAGGCCGCAUUCUACGUCAUCGCUGACUGCCUUUUGGACACCGCCAUAAGGGGCGGAGUGAAUCUGAUCCCCUACGAGUACGUCGUUUCCAGGCAGGUAGACCGUUCACGCCAUUCCUCCUGGAAGAAGAGCAGGGUGGUGUUGUCGGAGUUCACUGGGUCGUUGCAGGCCCUGAGCAGGGCGACCAAAGUCAACCCGUUGGACCCCCCAAAGACCGCCGAAGCACUGGUCGAAGUGAUCUCGAUGAGCGAGGAAGAGAAACAGGAGCAGCACGAGAAGCACUGCGCAGACAUCAGAAACUACGAUGUGGCUUACUGGUCCAGGAGCUUCAUCGAUGAUCUGAGGAGCCGUGAGUUGGCCCACUUCAACAACGGAGACGCUGUAUCCGAAGACGGUUUCACGGAGCUCCAAGAGCAAACGGUAACGUCGGCUUAUACGAAGGCCAGUAGGAGGGCAAUUUUCCUCGACUACGAUGGCACUCUGGAGUCCGAAUCUUCCGACGCGAAGGCACGAAAAGCGUGGGUUACGGACGUCCUGUCUUCCCUGUGUGCCGAUCCUAGAAAUGUGGUUUUCAUCGUCAGUGGAAGAACGAAGAAGGAUUUGGGGAGGUGGUUCGGGAAGUGCUGGGGUCUCGGCAUUGCCGCCGAACGUGGCUACUUCUCAAGGUAG